GUACCGCUUGCAUUAUGAGAUUUUAUGGGUUCCUUGGCAUUGAACAUUGUCAUGAUAAAAACCGUCUGCUGUCGGCUCUAGCAAGUAAUCGCAUAAAAACGAGGAAACCUUAAAGACAAAAUCCAGGAGGAGCUUGUCACUUUGUAAGGCAAUUACCAGCGGCAAUCACAGUCUUGAACUUGAUGCCCUCUCAAUAGGGUUGUAGCUUCAUGAAUGGUCUACUAUGGAUCCAUCAAAGCCCGAAAGUUAAACGCCUUUGGGAAUUUACUGUUCUUUAAAUGAGUGCAACUGAGAAAAUGAGGUAGCAACAAACAAUUUAACCCGCUGCCAGUAAACAUUGGUUCUUGUCUGCUUCUGUCUUUAUCUUCUCGUGAGUUUAAAAAAAAAAACCCAAGAAAACACGCAAGAAAAUCCGCACAUUCGACACCAGGGAGGAAGCUUCCUUGUUCCCUGGUUUCAAGUUAACUUCAAGAAAAAAGUCAGCGAGAGUUAGCUAGACAGCCUCCAAGUUGGAUCCACACCACACGGCAGAAGACUGAAAGGCAUGACCUUUGUGUGAACUUUCCACAGUUUUACCCCCAUGCUUACCAAUCGCAAACAGUUAAAAACUCUUCCAACGCUCUUCCACUGCCUCUUCCACAAAGUUGACUUGACUUACUUUGCUUCCUUCCUGCUAUCUUCCCCUUUUAACGUUUUCCUUGUUUUUGUGUUACUUAUUCUUCCUUACCUCUCUUUGUCUCUCUGCAAUGGCUCCUCUUUCUUUGUUUUCCUUGUUUCCUUGUUUCUUUCUACUUCUUUCCCCUGCCAUUUCAACCAACUCUGAAGGAAAUGCUUUACAUGCUUUGAGAAGAAGGCUUUCUGACCCCACCAAUGUGUUGCAGAGUUGGGACCCUACUCUUGUCAAUCCCUGCACUUGGUUUCAUGUCACCUGUGAUUCCAACAAUCAUGUGAUUCGUUUGGACUUAGGGAACUCUAAUAUGUCUGGGACUUUGGGGCCUGAGCUAAGUCAACUCCAGCAUCUGCAGUACUUGGAGCUUUAUAAAAAUGACAUACGAGGGAAAAUUCCGAAGGAGUUGGGAAAUCUGAAGGACCUUGUCAGCUUGGAUAUGUAUGGUAACAGAUUUGAAGGAGAAAUACCGAAGUCUUUUGCCAAACUGAAGUCACUGAGAUUCCUUCGUCUUAACAACAACAAACUGACGGGAUCCAUUCCAAGGGAGCUCACUACCCUCUCAAAUCUUAAAAUAUUUGAUGUUUCUAAUAAUGAUCUCUGUGGAACAAUUCCAGUUGAUGGCCCUUUUGCAAUGUUUUCAAUUCAAAGCUUUGAAAACAACAAACGCCUUAAUGGACCGGAGCUGAAAGGACUUGUUCCUUAUGACUUUGGCUGCUGAAGAAGCUAGCGUUCAUGGAACUUACAUACCAUGACUGCAAAAAAUGUGAUGCCAUGCCAUAUGCCGAUAUCUAUGAUUUAGCGGUGGGACUGACCGCAAGUUUUAUGUAGUAGUUGAUAAUGGUAUUCUGUAUCUAUAUAGCCUGCAAAAAUAAUAUGGUUUGAGUUUUAAAAUCUCAAAUUUUAACAAGUUUUGCAGAGAAAUAUCUUUGCUAGAAUUAGUAAUGAUAUAUCAAUGUGAAUCUAAAAUCUU